AUGGCUGAAAAUAUUUCCAAAAUUCUAGUGUUGAACCCUCUUCCCUCGAAGAUCGAGUCUGUUUUAAAGAAAUCAAACCAGAUAAAUAAGUCUAAUGGCCCGUUUGAUUGUACUUUUUUGAUAGGUGACUCGUUCAUAGAAAGUAUUGAAGUCCCUCUGAUAAAUGUGAAUUGUAAAACUUAUUUUUUUGAGGGUAUUAAUGAUGUGCUAAGUAUGGACAAUCCGAAAUCAAGCAUGAAGGACAAAAAAAAUCUUAGCUAUAUGGGAAGAUACGGGAUUACUGAAACAGAAAAUGGGUUAAAAAUUGGAUUCAUAUCAGGAAAACUAAAAAAAGAAAACGAUUACGUAAAAUCUGAAGUGACUUCCAUGUUCAGUGAUGUGAAAUUGGAUAUAUUGAUCAGUUACUUUUGGCCUCAGGCAUAUGCCAAAACCAAUUCUGACAUUGCAGAUAAAGUUGUUGAUGAAAUAAUAGCAAAGACUGAGCCGCGCUAUGUAUUUUCCUGUGGUAAGGAAAAUGGAACAUAUUUUGAAUCAAAUCCUUUUCAAUGGAAGCAUACUAGUAGGGUCUCAAGGUUUAUAGGUCUUGGAGAAUAUAAGACUAAAGAAAAGUGGUUUUACGCCUUCAAUAUAUCCAAGGAGCAAUCAAAUACUGAAACUCCGGACAAUUUAGUUGAUAAUCCUUUUGAUCGUAAUGAUAGGUUACUACCUCAAGGCAAGAAACGCGCAUUAGAAGAAGGUAUUCAAGAAAAUGACGAUAAAAAAAUUAUUGAGAAGAAACGUAAAGUGAUCAACCCUGAUAAUUGCUUUUUCUGUCUAGGAAACCCAAAGGUAGAGGCUCAUAUGGUUAUUUCUGUUGGCUCAUCUUGCUACUUAGCGGCAGCGAAGGGUCCAUUGACAAAGCCUCACAAAUUUAAAAAUAAGCCGAUAUCGGGACACACUAUCAUCAUUCCAAUCAAUCAUAUUUCUAGCGUCCCUCCUUUACUUAGAUUUGGCAAUGAUAAAGGUGAUGAAAUCAUAUUAGAUAUGGAGAAAUUCGGAGACAGCUUACAGAAAUUUUAUGCUACUAGCUUUGAAAUGGGUAUUUGCAAGUUUGAGAUUAAUACUUUAAAUUCUGUUCAUUACCAUCAGCAGGUUAUUCCAAUUAACUUAUUUCUUUCAAUCAAUAGGUUUCAGAAGCACUUGAAACACUGGGAAGAGAAGAAUAACAAAAAAAAUGACAAUGAUAGCAAAAGUUUACUUAAUUUUCAUUUAUUGAAAAAAGAAGCAACAGGUUAUGACCAGCAAGUAAUGGAAAGCCUUUUCAAUGAAGACAAAAAGGAAUAUAUUUCUAUUGAGCUUACUAUCAAUAAUCUUGAUGACAACAAGGCAGAGGGCACUUACUUAUUUAUUUCGGUGGUGGAUUCCUCAAAAUAUAUUGAUUUACAAUUCCUCAGAAAAGUUGUCGCUAACUUUUUGAAUUUAAGAGAAAGGGUGUAUUGGAAUAAGUGCAUUCAAUCCACUGAACUUGAGACCUUGGAAACUGAAGCUUUUAGAAAUUUAUAUGCGCCUUUUGAUUUCACGUGUCAAUGA